AUGCAUCCAGUUAAUUUGUUAAUGCUUAUAUCAACAGUGCUAAUUGCCUCCAUUGAGUGUUCACCAUUCAAAGUUGAGGAUGAAUUUGACAGUGAUUUUGGAACCAAUCGCGAUGCCUACGAUGAUAGUCGAUGGGGUCGGUCUUCAAUGAGAGGCCGAGGAGGAGGAGGACGCAGAUCCGGUGGUAAAGAUUUGGAAAAAUCUCGUGAUAACGAUUUCAGGGAAGUUUCCAUUGGUGGAGAAGACGAGGCAAGUGAAGAAUUGGCUGCCAAAAACAAUGAUUUUGAAAAGGAUGAUAAUGGACGAAUGAAGGGUCGUGGAGAUGAUGAUGAUGAAGAGGAAAGGCCAUUCAUGAAGGAAGACGAUGGAGUUCCAGAUCGGUAUAUUAAGAUUAAAAAAGCCGCUCAGGAUGAUGCUAUUGCACGAUCACCAGGAAGUCAACAAAGACCAAGACAAUCCAUACAAUCAGAUAAUGAGUCAGCAAGUGUUGAAGGUGAAGCUGGUGAGGAUGGUUCAGCAAAUGUAUCUUCUGAUUCACAAAAUGAUGGUUCAGCUGUAGGUCAACAAUCAGAAGAUGAUAGUAAUCCAAAAGAGAGACAAGAAGAGUAUGAAGAUGACAAAAGAGAGGCCAGGAGUGAUGAUGCUCAAAUAGCUAAUGGUGAUGUUGAGGGUAGUAAUAAUUUUGAAGACGAUGGAUCCAAUUCAGCUCCAGUUGAAGAAGGUAGAGAAGAGAAGAGCUAUGAAGGUGAUUCUCAGCAAGUUGAACAAGAUGAACAGCCUGCUGAACCGGAAGAGUAA